UCGGCGGAUUGUACCUACUUGUGUAUUGUUUGAUUGUUGUUUAUUUUCAUAAUCAUUUGUUACUUAUAAUUAUUGUUAAUAAGUGAAAUGUGUCAUUUUCACAGGGAAUUUUAAUAACUAGCUUAUCACCAGUUUAUUCUGUAGUAUAUAAUUACUUGGAAGGAUGUCAUUGAGGAAAUGCAAGAAUUUGUGAAAAUGUGAUUAUUUCUCGUAUUUGGCUGACUGCCAUAGGUUUAAUUGUAGUUUUAUCGGAAAUAGUCACGAUGAAGUGGCCAACAAUUGUACUGGUGAUGUUUUUAUGUGUGUACAGAACAUUUGGGUACUGCCCGUCGUUAUGUUCGUGUAAGAGUAAUAAAUCUGGGGAGGGUACAUCUUCGGAGCCUGUUCCAGGAGAAUUAUUGAGGCUAAAGUGUGGUGGAAGUCCCAUACAGAUAACGGAACUCAAGGAGAUAGAUCUGAGUAAAUUAUGGACGAGUGUUGUAAACAUGAAUUUGUCCGGUAAUGCUAUUUCGACCCUUUCGAGAGAAUUGCAUCUGCCUAAGUUACAAAAAUUGGAUCUAAGCCACAACCAGAUAAGUCUGAUAGAAUCCGACGCGUUCUACAACAUGACGGCUCUGCAGCGUCUCGACCUGUCGUCCAAUGAGAUCAGCAAUGUGUACAAGGAGAUGUUCAAAGGGCUGGUCAAUUUGGAGAGGCUGAUACUGGCGCAGAAUCACAUAUCGGCCCUAGCCGUCGGCACGUUUGAUUAUCUUGUUGGAUUGAAACAAUUGGACAUAUCUGAUAACCCACUGAUAUGCGACUGCAACCUGCUCUGGAUAGGCGAUUGGCUUCUCAAUACGAGCGUCAAACUCUCUCCGAGCCCGAAAUGCGCAUUCCCAGAAAACAUGACAGGCAAAGCGGUAAAGAAACUGCGAAUAUUCCUCGACCUUUCUGUCUGCGGCAGCGUCUUACCGUCAACAACUUUAAUCCUCAAACCAUCAUACGACCAAGUAGUCUUCGAGGGUGACAGUUUAUCCAUAUCCUGCAACGCUCCCUUCGCAUCGGCUGUAGCUAAAUACAAGCUGAAAUGGGUGCAUCCUAUGCUCGAAGUCUGCGAUGUGAAUAUAACAACAACUGACAUGCUAGAAGACGGAAUAGCAGAAACCAAAGCGUAUUUUCCAAACAUAACCGCUCACCACAUGGGAAACUGGACUUGUAUGUACACAGAUAUGAAUCGCAUACACCACAAUAAGUCUAUAGAAGUGCUUGUUCUAUCAAAUCAGACUCAGUAUUGUUUGACAAAUCAUACCAUGGACAACAAAGGGUUGUACUCUUGGCCUCAAUUACUGGUGAAUUAUACGGCAUCUGUACCAUGCAAUUUGGGUGAAGGUAUAGCUUACAGGCAUUGCUUUGGAAAUGGUUCUUGGGGACCGGCUAACACAACAGAAUGUUCGUAUAUUAGUAACGUAACAAAACUAUUGCAACAAUUUGCGUUGUUAAAUGUGAGUUUGGUGCAAUAUUCUGCAUUGAACGCUACCGAGAGGCUUUCAAUGUUGAUACGGGAGAAAACGUAUCCGUUAGCGGAGUUGACUGACGCGGACGAUGUGAUGUUCAUAGCCGAUGCUAUUAGGAAUUAUAUGCAGUAUAUUAAAGAAGAAAAGGAUUUAGGGGGCAAACUCCUAGACGUGAUCAGCUCAGCGAUGAACAUUACAUCGAACGCCACCGUGCCAGCCGAGAAUCAAUACCAGGCUUGUACGAAGAUGGUCUUGGCUGCGGAGGAUAUAUCGGCCUAUAUAGACAAUGUGCAAGGGCAGAAGUCAAACCUAGCAGUGGAGCGGUUCCCAGUGCGCGAGGGCUUCAGCGGCGUGACGUGCGUGUGGUACAGCGGCGCGCUGCAGCCGGAGCCGAAGUUGCACUGCACCACCACCAACAGGACGGUGGCGCCACUGUUGACCGUCUCCGACGCAUGUAUACACGCCAGUGUUCAGAUCCCCCAAUCCCUUUUGUACAGCACAACGGACGAGGGAUCCCUCGUGCAAUCCCAACCCCACGAUCUAGUAGUCGCCAUGUACGACAAGGCGACGUUGUUCCCGAUUAUCCCAGCUUCGGACCAGGAAAACGGGCCGAAUAAAGUUCACAGGGCAAAGGAUUAUUACGGAAGAAGUACUAAGAGGGAAGAUAUGAAUAUGGAAAUCACUUCGCCGGUUGUGGGAUUUCAAUUGAAGAACAGCGUAGCUCACGUGAGCAAUUUGCUGGAGCCAGUGAUAGUGACGUUGCGCGGCGCGGGCGGCGGGCUGGAGGGCCGCGCCGCCGUGUGGGGGCCGCGGGAGGGCCGGUGGACUGAUAACACCACUGACUGCAAAAUAUCCCACGUGGUCUCCGAAAUGAUAAUAAUCAGUUGCACUCGCCUCGCCUACGUCGGCCUCUUGCAAAAUGUCGAGACAGGCUUCUACGGCGCACGCACAGAUGGCGCCCGGUUCAAAGUGUCACAUCCGGCCGUUUACGUGGGGAGUCUCAUACUCAUCGGAUGCGUAAGUUGUGCCACGCUGACUUACAUCAUGUCCUAUCCCGCCAUACAAAUGGCGAAAAAAACUAAACAUUCAUUAAUUAACACGUGGAUAGCGAUAGGUUUACUAUGCUUUAUGUACACACUAGGCAUUUAUCAGACGGAAGAUGUGAAGUUGUGUCAAAUUCUAGGACUGUUAAUACAUUAUUUGUCGCUGUCGUGUUUACUGUGGAUGUGUGUAUCGGCCAGUAACAUGUACAAAUGGGUGACGAAAACUCACAAUCCGGUUAGGACGCCAGAAGACGACUUGCCACCUGAUGUUCCCGUGCAGAAACCGAUUUUAGGAUUGUAUCUGGUAGGUUGGGGUAUCGCGUUGAUUGUGUGCGGUAUAUCCGGAGCGGUGAACUUGAAAGAUUACGCGGGUUAUUCCCAAUGUUUCUUGAGCACGGCGCCAGCUUUAAGCGCUCUGUUUGUACCUGGAGGAAUCCUUCUAUUGUUUUUGCUAGUUUUGUUCUUAUUAAUACGGUGUACUAUAAGGAACAUGAAUAUACAACUAUCCGAAGGGACACAGGCGACUGAGAAUGUCGAUUUGGAGAUGUGGGAGCCUAAUCAGACGAAUGAAAAUACAGAAAGACGUAGCAUCAAGUCUACGGCUGAUUCUGAAAUCGAUGACGUUGAACAUACUCCGAUUAUACAAUUGAGAGCUCAAGUUAUCGUCCUAUGUUUGUAUAUGUCUGUGUGGACUUGCGGAGCUAUAGCCGUGUAUAGACCUUUACCAGCGUAUUUACCGUAUCAAGAAGACAUUUGCAGUAUAAUUUACGCCGUCUGUGCAACGGUCUUGGGGACAUUCAUUUUGUUCUUCUACGGCAUCGCACGGAGCGAUGUCAGAGCGCAAUGGGCUAUGAUGCAUUGCUAUUUUCAGAAAAGUAAACAAUGUUGCAGGAAUAGAAGCGUUUUUGACACUAAUCAACAGAAUUUGCCAGGCGUGCCAACUAAUACGGCCCCUGUUACACACGCGAUACCUAACGAUAAUAGAUCUAGAUCUGGAAGCAGAAGUUCUAAUAGGACUAACUCGAAAACUAACAAUAGCUGCACAUAUAAAGCUGGUGCUGAACUAAACGGGCAGACAUUGCAAAAAGAUGUUCUCAAAAACACUAAUGGAAAAGCGGCGAAUAUCAAUCUAGUUGUAUUACACAGACAACAAUAUAGAUCUAAUAAUUCCAUGAUGACGUAUCCUGAAACUUCAACGUUAGGACCAGAAGUAUUUUAUAAUCAGAAUCAGAUGAAUGUUGCUAAGAAAUUCUUUAAGAAACAAAGACAGCAUAUGAAGAGGAAUUGUUUAGAACUGCCUCUAAGACGCGACUGUGAUAAUGAUUCACACGUUUCACUACCAUUGCCCUCUAGAGAAGCGUAUAAUGGCGUCGCUAAUAUAAUAAAUUCUGGUUCUAAAGUUAACAACACAAAUUUACAUGUAGAGAAAUCGAAUAGCGGUAUAAAAGAGACACGUAACGUUCUUAAUCCUAAUUUAUUGGAAGAGGAAGCGAAAGAUUACAAAAAUUAUUCCAUAGAUAAGAAAGCGUGGAAUACAGAAAAUGCUAAGGCCAGCCGCAAACAGAUAAUGAAUAUAUAUACUAACGUACCAGAGACUCAAGUUCCUCAACAUCAAGUUGUGAAGGCGAAUGUGCAACAAGGUUUUAAUGGUCAAAGGAGCAGUGUUUCAGAAGAGUGUUUGCAGAGCCACGCAAGCGAACAGCCAGAAAUGAGGACAAUUUCUCAACAAUGCAGCUUAGAAUACAGUUCUGCAUCAGAAAUAGCCAUGCCGCAUACGUGUUCUGAUCAGACUUUGAACACACAUUCAGAAAUGACUUCACUGCAGGAAACGCACAGUGCCUUAUGUUCCACAAACGAGAUCACUGAUACAGAAAGUUUUGGACAAUACAUUGAUUAUUUGCAACCAAACAAACAGGACAACAAAGAUGUUUUGGACAAAUCUUUACAAGAUAUUUCAGAAGAAUGCACAAUGAAUAGCGACGAAAUUAACCGUUCCACAACUCCGCCUAAUCUAGAAGAAGCCUGUUCUGGGGAACUGGAUAAUUUGCUGCAAAAUCCUGAUAAUGCAUCUACCGGAUCAAAAGAUAAGAUGGACGGAGAUAAAGAGCCGUUUUUCAUGGCGAAAACUACGUACGACUUCGAGACUUGCAGCACGAACGCUAGCGAGCAAGCGUUUGAAAAUGAAAGUGACAUUUACUGUCCUAACUAUCAGAUGUCCGAAGUCAGUAUUCGUAGCCACGGGUUGUACGCCCCUUCGCCGUCGUCAAUGUGUCCGAACGAGAUAAGUUUUAGCAACGAAGAUGUGUCUAACAUAGAGAGUCAGUACGUGAAUUAUGACCCUGGAUGGCGUAAAACGAUAAAGAGCAACCCUAAAUUGGGCAAAUUCGUUCCUACUCCAGCCGUAAGUUGUCCAGAAGUUAACAGAGACAGUCCUGUGUCGUUUAGUAGUGAAUUAGAUGAAUUAUAUACGCAGAUAACGAGUAGAGACAAGGAUAGAACGAUGCGAAGGGAAACUGGUUUGGAUGUGACUAUCAAUAGUGACGUCACGCUGAAACCAGCGGACAGCGACAGUUGUGUGAGCGAGGCAGUAUCUGAUGUUGAAGUGAAAGGGGAGACCACGGUUUGAAAGUAUUAAGGUGUUUAGUUUAUUUAUAAUACUUUUAGAAGCACUAUAUUGAAUAUUGAAGAAUUUUAUCAGAUUUAUUUUAACAAAUUUUAUGUUGGUGGAAGAUUUAAUAUAAAAUGGUGCCAAAAAUUAAUCUGUUCCGAUGACUGAGAGGAAAUUGUGUCAUUUUAUAGAGUCUAUUUAGCGCCAGGAAUAAGGUCUACAUGUCAUUUCCUUUUUAAUAAAUCGAUUUUUUAUUUAUUCAUCACAUUAAUAUCCAUGAUUUCUUCUCGGCCGGAAAUUGUUAGGGGCACGGACAUGUGUAAAAAGUAGUUGCACAAAAUAUACCAUAGAUUGUUGUCUAUGGAUCAUGCAUUUACAAUUUAGCUACUUAAGUAUAUCGAUCCCACAGAUUUAGAUUUAUUAUUACACAGAAUACAAUAUACAUAAUAAAAUAUAGACGGUUUUCACUUGUGUCUGUAUUUAUAUAUGUAUAUUUUUUGUUAAUAAUUUUGAUUUGAUUUUAUUAAUAUUUAAGACUUGAAAAGGGACAGCGAUAGUUUUUCUCGCGUGCCAUGCUGAAGGGCAGUUUACUUUUUCUUUGACAUAACAACAUUUGGUCAGUAUUUUAAAAACAUAAUUAUAUGUUUUGAUUGUAUAUUAGUUUAUGGUAAAUCUUUUUUUAAAUACAAAUCUGUAAAAAAGAUUAAGUUGAUGUGAAAUAUCUAUCAACGCACGCUCGAAUUCACUGAUCCGAUUUAGGUGAAUGUUGGCAUAAAGGCUGUUCUAGUGAUCCACUGAGGAUUCCACCAAUUUCCGUAAUUUUUAAUGAUGGCGAAAUCACCGAAAGUCCGGUGGAUGCCAUAAUAUAGAAAGGAAAGAAAGAUACAAAAGAGGAUUUCUAGAACGUUGAACAAUUUUUCACCGAAACGAUGUUUAUUUUUUUUUUAAUUCUGAAAAUUCUUGAUAAAUAUGUAGCCAAACAAUUAUUAUGCCAUACAUUUAUAGUGAUUUAUCUUCUCCAAAUUAAAUUCUAAUUGUACCUACGUAAUUUGAACUGACUUGUAUUAUUUUUAAUUAUUUUUUACACAGAUCAGUUUGACAAUAAACUGGCAUAGACAAACCUUAUACGUAGACCUGGUGCCAUUAAGUUUGUAUAAUUAUUAGUUUUAAAUUGUAAAUUAUCUUAAAUGUAUAGUUAUUUAUUUUUAAGUUUAUAACGGUCUCAUUCUACUAUAAGUGUCGUUUAAUAGUGACGAAAUAGGUUUAUAUUUCUCUCUCGUUCGCACGUUGAAGUGCGAGCGGGACGGCAUUACUUAUAAUUUUAACUGACGUGGUUUGUUUAAGUUUUUAUUCGUGUAGUGCUAAACACUGACAUCGAAAGUGCGAAGUCGAAGUAAAGUUCAUGAUAUAUUGAAAUAAAUCUUAAAGUUAUGACUAUUUUGGGUUUUGCCUUUUAGGGUUGAACAACACUAAUUUAAUUUGAGAUUUGUUGACGUCAUUCAAACCGUUAUACAGGGUUAAGAAAAAUUUCCCAGUAUGUUUGAACGACUAAACUGAGUGGAUUUCUCUAAAAACAAAAAGAGAAAAGCGAAAAAAAAAAAAAAUUGAUCGUUUUGGCAAGUAAUUUUCUUUUGUAAAUUUUUUUUGAGGAAUCUUCCUCAGCUUCGGCUUCAAACGUGCUGUGAAAAUUUCCUUAACGAAUCAAAAUUCACCCCGUAUACAAUAAAAAAAAAAAGAUAUUUACCAAAAUAACCCACCGUUAUAAUUUUUUUUUCCUUCAAUAUCGACUCCUCGCUUUCGAUGUGAUUGGAGCCUAAAUUUGUGCCAAAUGGAAUGUUCCAAAAGUUUCCAUUCAAUGCAUUGCAUGUCAUUAAAUUCGACUGAUACAUAUUGUCUGCCUUUGUCUAGUCCAUUAUGUGCGUUGUUUUGAUUCUGUCAUAAUAUUAAUUACUAGAGGCCGCCCGCGACCUCGUCCGCAUGGAAACCCUAUCAAUCCCGCGGUAACUCCGGGAUAAAAAGUAGCCUAUAUGUUAUUCUGGGUCUUCAGCUACCUACAUACAUACCAAAUUUCAUCGUAAUCAGUUCCGUAGUUUUUGCGUGAAAGAGUAACAAACAUCCAUACUGACAUCCUGAGAUACUCUCAAACUUUCGCAAUUAUAAGUAGGAUUUAAGUUUGAACCCACUACUUGCUCCGACAAGUUUCGUCGAGUAAAAUUUUUAAAUCUAUACUAAUAAUUAUUAUAAAGCUGAAGAGUUUGUUUGUUUGCUUGUACGCGCUAAUCUCAGCAACUACUGGUUCGAAUUGAAAAACUCUUUUUGUGUUAAAUAGACCAUUUAUCGAGGAAGGCUUUAGGCUAUAUAACAUCACGCUACAACUAUAAGGAGCAAAGAAAUAAUGGAAUAUGUGAAAAAAACAGGGAAAGUUAUUCAUCCUUGAGGGCUUCAAUGAUGCCCAAAAUAAUUAUUCCACGCGGACGAAGUCGCGGGCACAGCAAGUAUAUAAUAAAAUAAAUACACGUGAAUCGUAAUCAUCAGAUGAUAAACGUGUUCCCGUUUGCAUCAAUAAAAUUAGAACUAAUUAUUUUAGUUAAUUUCUUAUUGAUAAACUAUAAGAAAUU